AUGAUGGCGGUCCUCAUUAUCGUUGUUUACCAGCGUUUCGUAUCGACGUGGCAUCUCCAACGCUCGUCAACGGAGCUUAACAAGGCAUGCCGGCGCGAAGCGACUUUGGUCGUGACAGUUGGUGAAGGCUUCAUGCCAGUGGGCUUCAUGCCAGUGGACCGCCUGGCUCGAAGCAGGAAGCACAACGAGGUGGGAGUGCGCCGGGCUACGGCCGAAAAAACGAUGGCUGGGCCAGGCGUCAUGCCUGCGUCAAGGGGUGAAGUAGACUUCACUCACCACAUGCGUUGCCUGCAACUCACCGCGACAGUCUGCCAGGAGCCUCCGCCGGAUGGGCUUGAGUUGCCGGCGUCCCUCCAAGAGCUCAAAUUCGGUGGACAUUUUUACAAGACUAUCGCCGGAGUCAAGUGGCCGCAGUCACUGGAGACGCUCAACGGUGGCGGGCGCGAGGCGCACCCCGUGCUCCACUGCCGGUUCCGGAGCCAUUUCGACAUCGGGCAGGUGGAGCGCGCGCUGGAGAAGAACGUCAUUGCCGCCCCCACCAACGUGGCUCGGUGGUGCAAGAGGUGGCAGAGGCAGUAG